CAUUUACAUCCCAGGAACAGUACAGGGCACCGUGUUUAUUGACAGAUCAUGAAGCUCACAGUCCCCAACGCGGGCCUGGAUGACAGGAUACUGUCGCACCAGCAGCUGGACAAGCUGGAACAGGACGAGGCGGGUGACAGGCCCAAAUGGGAGAACAAAACACAGUAUAUGCUGACCUGCGUCGGGUUCUGUGUGGGACUGGGAAAUGUGUGGCGCUUCCCCUAUUUGUGUCAAAGUCAUGGAGGAGGGGCGUUUAUGAUCCCCUUUUUAAUCCUGCUGGUUCUUGAGGGAAUCCCUUUGCUUCAUCUCGAGUUCGCCAUCGGUCAGCGUUUAAGGGGAGGCAGUUUGGGGGUGUGGUCCUCCAUUCAUCCUUACUUGACGGGGAUUGGGAUCGCCUCCAUGUGUGUCUCUCUGACCAUCAGCCUGUAUUACAACACCAUCAUUGCUUGGAUUCUUUGGUACUUCUUCAAUUCAUUUCAAGACCCCCUGCCUUGGAGCCACUGUCCGAUGAAUGAAAAUUUAACAGGCCUGGUCUCCGAGUGUGCAAGGAGCUCCCCAGUGGACUACUUCUGGUACAGGGAGACUCUGAACACAACUGCAAGUAUUUUGGAUGAUGGCGGCAUACAAUGGCGCACGUUGCUAAGUCACAUAUGUGCCUGGGCUGUGCUCUACGUUUGCAUCGUGCGAGGUAUCGAGACCACUGGCAAGGCCGUAUAUGUGACUUCGACUCUUCCGUAUGUGGUGCUGACCAUCUUUCUGGUCAGGGGGUUGACGCUGAAGGGAUCUUUGAGUGGACUCAAGUUUCUAUUCACACCUAACCUCGCAGAGCUGGCUAACCCUUCAACGUGGAUGAACGCAGGUGCUCAGGUCUUCUACUCCUUCUCUCUGGCUUUCGGAGGCCUCAUAUCCUUCUCCAGCUACAACUCAGUACAUAACAACUGCGAACAGGACGCAGUGAUCAUCUCUAUAAUAAACGGCAUCACGUCUAUUUUCGCCGCGACGGUCAUCUAUACAGUCAUCGGCUUCAGGGCAACGCAACAAUAUGACACCUGCAUUAAUGGCAACAUCCUGAUGCUCCUAAAUACAUUUGACCUUCCUGAGGGACACAUCAUUGACAGCAACUACACUGAGGCUUUACGGCAUCUCAAUGCAACGCAUCCGGACGUUAUUGAAGGACUGGAUCUAGGCUCUUGUGAUUUAAAUACGUUUCUGAGUGAGGGAGUUGAAGGAACCGGUUUGGCGUUUAUCGUCUUCACAGAGUCCAUCACCAAGAUGCCUUUCUCCCCACUGUGGGCCGUCCUCUUCUUCGUCAUGCUCUUCAGCCUCGGCCUAUCAUCUAUGUUUGGGAACAUCGAAGGCGUUGUGGUACCUUUGCAAGACCUCAAGGUUUUUCCGAAGAAGUGGCCUAAAGAAGCCGUCACAGGUGUGACAUGUGUGGUCUGCUGUCUGGUGGGCCUGAUCUUUGUCCAAGGCUCAGGGAACUAUUGGCUGUCUUUAUUCGACACUUAUGGAGGAUCAAUCCCACUGCUAGUCAUUGGAUUCUGUGAGAUGAUCUCCGUGGUUUACAUAUAUGGGAUAGACAGGUUCAAUGAAGACAUCGAGUUCAUGAUUGGACACAAACCAAACCUUUUCUGGCAGGCUACGUGGAGAUUCAUCAGUCCGCUCAUCAUGAUCUUUAUCUUAAUCUUUUACUUCAUCACUAAAGUCUCAGAAAAGAUCUUUUACAAAGCCUGGGAUCUCGAAUAUGAGAAAUUCCCAACUCUGGAGGAGAAGUCGUAUCCACCGUGGAUCUAUGUGAUCAUCUUCAUCCUGGCAGGCAUCCCGAGUCUUGCUGUACCUCUCAUUGCACUCUUCAAAUGUUUAAGGGCAAAGGCAACAAAGAAGUCACAGCUCGCCAUUCAAAUCAAUGACAAGCCCAAAUUAUAGCUGGCAUAAUAUCCUUUGUUCGAAUCCAUUUUUAAAACAGUAUAGACACUUAUUUUUCCAGUGUUAUGAGUUAAUCUGUCAAAGCGCUAUUUAAAUGUUGUAGAUGUGUGUCCAGCAGGGGUCAGUGUAGAGAUUUGUUAAGUGUGAAGUAUUUUUGAGGCGUGUGAAUAGAGUAAAAAAAA